CUUUUUGAGCGCACUGAUGCAUGACCUCACUCCACAUAGCAGCUUUCUUUUUGGUGCAUGGGGGGUAGCCUGAUUCCCAAGGCAACUGUUGCCAACGCAAAACUCUCAGUGAACGCACAGGCAUGUCACAGUUUAAUCUCUAACUAGUGCCAGUACAGUAAUUUGCUAUAUUUACUGUACAUUUGGAGUUGUGUUAUGAUUUACUAGAAAUCAGAAAUGCUACUUUAAAGAGAUAAUUCAUUUGUGCAGGCAUCAAGACUUAAGCUUCAUUCCAAAAAGACUACUCUGGUGGGCGAACAGAAGAAACAGCCUGAACUACAAAAUGAGACUACAGUCGCUGCCUGGUGGUCACUCCCAUGAUGUUUCCCAGCAUCUCAGACUCUGCCCGGCUGUGGACAAGCAGUCAGAGUAUUCCAAGACUGAACCCUUUACAUCCACCUUUGGUCUAUAAACGCACUGUCAGUCUGGAGACGCCAGCUGUUCACCACCACAACCACCAGAGGACACUGAUUAUGCAGAGGAGAGAGCACCACAGGUAUCAUCAAGUGUGGCGAAAACCUUUUUAUGGAACCAGCAGUGAGAGAGAAGAGUACAGGAAGGAGUUGCGAGAGCAGUUAAAGAAGCAGAUGGAGGAGAAAUGUACAGCUCUGAAGCUGCAGCUGGCCAGUAAAGUGAAGGAAGCAGAGUAUCUAAGAGAAGUGGACCACCUCGCCCUGUCCAGUGAAAGAGACUUAAGGAUCCAGCACAGCAAAGCAAUGACAGCGUACAGAGAUGAGAACAAGAGGCUAAUGGAGCAGAGCUGGAGGGACAGAGCACUAACACGUUCCCAGGAGACCCUAAAGGAGAGAGAGCUGCUGUGUCUCAACCCCAUUAACUGGAGUGGAACACUGAAAUAGAUGUAUCAACAUCCAGAAUCAAAACUUCAGACUCAGGCCUCACUGUAGCACUUGGGCAUGCAUAAGUGUCCGAUGAAAAUGGGAUGCAACAUAUAUAAUGUAAUGUAAAGAGCAGAGGAAGCUUGACAAAA